AUGAGAGACAACGGCCCCGGACAAUUCACUGAUUUCCGUGAAAUCAUCAUCAGCUUCGACCCCGCCGCUCAUCAGACGCUUAUUCGAUUAGACCUCAGGAGCGAGACAGCGCCCCAAGAAGAAAGCCUGGUGAUCGACGGUCCUGGCGGCGAGCGCAUCACGGCGCCAGACUCGGUGUAUGAAUAUAGCCAGCUCUUGGGUUUCACGAUCCGUACAAGCUUUGGACGCGCAGAUGACUUUCCAGCUGGGUUUCGAGACGACAUUUCACCUUGCGCAUCGGUAGCGAGAUCGGUGCACUGCCCGGCAAAGGAGAGCAUUGUCGGCUUCUGGGCCAUGACAGAGACAGAGAAAAUCUUCGAUCUCGACCUUAUUUCAGCUCAGUCUGUGGUAUGUAAUGCAGGAAACGACGAGGAGUGUGGAGAGGAGCCCGCCGUCGUAGAGGGCUUGACCAUGUUGCACGAGACACAGGAAUGA